CGAUUAGCUAGGGUUGGCCGAUUUUGCUUCGAGAAUGGGCUAUAGCAAAAGGCUUGGAAGCGGUAAAAUCCCUAUUAAUGGAGAAGAAAAUGAAGUGUUUACAGUUAAGAUUAGACAUGGGGGAAAGUUAAGUCAUUGUGAACCUACUAGCUAUGUGGGAGGGUACACAGAUUACUUUAACAAUGUUGAAGUAUAUGAAUGGAGUUUUAUGACUGUUAAGGAUCUACUAAAUGAAUUAGGGUAUAACAUUGAGGAUUGCAGUAUACAUGCAUUGGUUGGGGAUAAGUUGACUAAUAAGGUCAUUUUAGAUUUAGAGGUUUGGGAUUUAAUAGAUUUUGCAGAUAAGGCUAGAGAAGUUGAGUUAUGGGUUGGUUUGGGUGAAUUGGAUGCAGUAAGUGAAGAUGAGGUUAGUAAGGAUGUGUUGUAUGAUUGUAAUAUUGAUUACAAUGAAGAAGGUGAUGACAUUGAAUUUGCCAAAUCAAUUGAUCCAACUGUGGAGUAUGAUGGUGUAUUAGCAAGUUCUAAAGGUGUGGCUAAAGAACAAGUUGCCACAGAAGAAGGGGUUCAAUAUUCUGAUGAAGGAUCACCAUAUGCUAGUGAUGAAGAAGGUGUACCAAAGAAAUGGCCACAUAUGGAAUGCCCUGAAUUUAGUAUUUGA